CAUUCAUUCACCGGCGCCCGACUUGAGUCUACAACGCUCUCAUAUCUGCUUUUAAGACCAGCCCCCCGGCCGCGGGGAGGAAGGUUCCUGUUUUACCCAGUAACGUACAGCGUACAAUUCGUGUAUUCUACGUAGUUCCAAGAGAGAUGGCAGAAGUCGCACCCGCUCCCGUUCCCGCGCCGGCCAAAGCGCCCAAGAAGAAAGCAGCUUCGAGAGCAAAAAAAUCUGGCCCUAGCGUCGGCGAUCUGAUCGUCAAAGCCGUUUCCUCGUCUAAGGAGAGGAGCGGCGUGUCUCUCGCUGCUCUGAAGAAAACGCUGGCUGCCGGCGGAUACGAUGUGGAGAAAAACAACUCCCGCGUCAAGCUCGCCGUUAAGGGUCUCGUGACUAAAGGCACUCUGGUGCAGACCAAAGGGACCGGCGCGUCUGGCUCUUUCAAGCUGAACAAGAAGCAGACCGAAGCCAAGAAACUCGUGAAGAAAGCCGCGCCCAAAGCGAAAAGGCCGGCCGCCAAAAAGCCCGCCGCGGCUAAGAAGCCCAAGAAGGUAGCAGCCAAGAAACCCGCCGCCGCGGCCAAGAAGUCUCCUAAGAAGGCGAAGAAGCCCGCCGCCGUCGCCGCAAAGAAAGCCACCAAGAGCCCGAAGAAGGCGAAAAAGCCCGCGACCCCUAAAAAGGCAGCUAAGAGCCCCAAGAAAGCGAAAGUUGUCAAGCCCAAGACCACAAAGCCUAAAGCGGCAAAGGCGAAGAAGGCAGCCCCCAAAAAGAAGCGGAGUUGUGCUGGAUGGAGCUUGACUGCCCUCGUGUGUCCAAACUCGGGAACGGCAGUUUCUCAGAAGGGGUAUUUUGUUCCAAGCUUGUGGUAGUUAGCCAAGAAAUAUUACAUGAUUACUAUUACUCUCCCCCCCCUUUUUUAACCCGUUCAUUUUAAUUAAAAAUGUAAUUUAAUUUAAUUUAGUAUACUUACCUUUAUCUUUGUAAUGUUCUUCCCUAUUUGUGGAUAUUCCCGAGUGAAAUAUGAGGCCACGUAGGGAACACAUGAAGCAGUGAUGAGAAUGAAAUUUCUAAUAACAUUAGAAAUCAACUUCUGUACUUUAACGUUAUAUAAUAUACAUAGCAUUUUUAUUCAUCAUCAUGUGUGAAUAUGCUUUAAAUGUGUUGGUGUGCUGUCUGUAUACCGUGUCUCUUUCUGUCUGUCUGGCCGGCACGCACACAUACAAUGAAAUCUGAGCAGCGUUCAGAGUUCUAGACCUAUUCUGGUGGUAUGCUUGACCAUUUUCCCCGAAUGUCGAGUUUUUAAAUGUUGUGGUGUCUGAGCUGGCCUCUGUAUUCAUUUGAACGGAGUCAUUGGUGUAUCUAACCUUUGCAUUUUGUUUGUUUAUGUAGCGUGUUUUAAUAAUGGACAUUGUCACAAAGCAGCUGUACAGAUAUCUGGAUAUAUUAUUUCAGUGUAAACUUACCCACCAUUCUUGACAUGGAAAUGUUUUGUAUGUUCUUUAAAAAGUUAAUAAUAAUAACUGUUAAACAGUUCAGAAGCUCCAUGUAUUGAUUUUGAUAUGUCAAAACUAGACAACGCAGACCAAGAGAGUGACCAUCAUGCCCAAGGAUAUUCAGCUGG